CUCUGAACCUCUUCACCAGCGAUCGACACCCAUCUAGCAUCCCAGCAAAACAUCGGAGUGGAAGAAAUGGCACCGGACAUAGAGGCCGAUACCAACAAUGUCGCCAAGGCCCGCAAAUGGCACUGGACCCAAUCGGUCUCGAACCGCUGGGCGGACCUUCUGUGUCUCGUGCUCUGCUUUAUCACGGGUUUAUGUGACAGCGCAGCGUACAAUGCCUGGUCUUGCUUUUUGGCGAUGCAAACUGGGAAUACAAUCUUCCUCGGCCUCGGCGCCUCAAACCAACCCUCCAACAAACCCUGGGGCUGGCUGAAAUCGCUCGUCUCUAUAGUAGCGUUCUUCAUCGGUGCAGCUCUCUUCUCCAGCUACGGACGACACGUCGGCUCUAAGAAGAGGAUUACUCUGUUCUCUUCUUUCCUCUUCCAAGCUAUCCUCGUGUUCAUCGCUGUCGCGCUCCUAGAAGCAGACUUGAUCCCGCACACACCUGAGGAAUCUGAAGGACUCACAGGCGGUCGUCUGUUCCUCGAACUCAUCCCCAUUGCGCUCCUUGCAUUCCAGUCUGCGGGGUCUAUGACUGCUGCAAGGGGCCUGGGCUUCAAUGAAAUCCCGACGGUGGUGCUGACGAGUGUUUACUUUGAUGUUGCGAGUGAUCCGAAGCUUGUCAGGGAUGUUAGGGGAAAUGUGAAGCGAAAUAGACGCAUUGGGGCGGUAGUGUUUUUGUUGCUGGGUGCUAUUGUGGGAGGUUGGUUGAGUAAGAGUAAGGGGGGGAUGGAGAGUGCAUUGUGGAGGUGGCGACACCUGUCACUCGCCACAAUCUACCAAUGGCCAGAUCCCUUCUGA